UUAAUUUGGGUGGUGGGAAUGGGGGUUUGCUUGGAGUUCAGGCAUUCGAGAUUCGCCCUGAGCCUGCAAUUAGCAUUAGAUAUAUCAGAUCAUGCGUCCAUAAUCCACAUUUUGAGCAAAAUGAUAACUUUACUUUAUUGAUACUCUUAGCUUGUUGUACUCCUACUUUUGUGUUGAUGUAUUGAGAACCGAGUUCUCAUAGAAAAGAUUGUUUAGAGUGUGGAUAAAUAUUCCCAAAUUUUUAAUAUGGUGUUGUAAAGAUCUUUUUCUCCUCUCCUAACAUGGUUAAUAGAUUCUGUACAUUUAUCAGCAUUAUUAUUUGUUAGUUUAUUGUAGAAAGAGAGGAGUUGAGGUUUCUUGCUCGAGAAAAUCUUUACUCUUAGAGUGCAAAUUUCAAUAAAACAUGCAGUAUUAACACAUAAGCUCCAUUCUUGCACCAAAAGGACCGAGUUUAACAAGCAUACUUCCGUCUUCAACUAUAAAGAUCAUCAAGUAUGGAUGGCAAAGAAUAACACAGGAACUCGAAAUGAGAAUUUCACAUAGGCCAUAGCACAUGUUUGGAUCUUUUAAUUGUAGGCAAACUCUUCGCCUUGGUUUCUCAACAACUGAACACUUAGACCUUCAUUAGGCUUUCUUAAACUGUUGGAAAAAACAUGUUGCUGAGGCCUGAGGAUGAUCAUCCUAGAGCAGACAAAGACCACGAGGAGUUAGACCGUGCACUUGCUCUCUCUUUGUCAGAUGACUUGAAGAGACCAGGUGGCUAUAAACGACGCACAGACAAUGAUGAAGAUAUUGCAAGGGGACAAGAUAGCCUGCAUAGACCUUCCUAUCCCCCCUAUAUGCCCUCUUAUCCAGAUUAUCCUCCUUAUGAUCCAGUUCCACUCCAACCAAGAGGAUACAGAUUAUGCAGUGGAUGCAAUCAGGAAAUUGGGUAUGGCAACUAUCUUGGAUGCAUGGGGACCUAUUUUCAUCCAGAAUGCUUUCGCUGUCGAUCUUGUAGUCAUCCCAUCACUGAACAUGAGUUUUCUUUGUCAGGGAGGGAUCCAUACCACAAAACCUGUUUCAAGGAGUUAACCCAUCCAAAGUGUGAAGUUUGUCAUCAUUUUAUCCCAACAAAUGUAGCUGGCUUAAUAGAGUAUAGAUGCCACCCAUUUUGGUCACAGAAAUAUUGUCCCUCACACGAACAUGAUCAAACUGCUCGUUGCUGCAGUUGUGAACGUCUAGAGUCUUGGAAUACAAGGUACAUCGCCUUAGGGGAUGGAAGGAGUAUAUGCUUAGAGUGCAUGGAAUCUGCCAUCAUGGACACGGGAGAUUGUCAACCUCUCUAUCAUGCCAUUAGGGAUUAUUAUGAAGGGAUGAACAUGAGAAUUGAUCAACAGAUUCCUAUGCUUUUGGUUGAAAGACAAGCCCUCAAUGAAGCUAUUGUAGGGGAGAAAAAUGGAUUUCAUCACAUGCCAGAGACAAGAGGUUUAUGUCUUUCUGAAGAGCAGACUGUGACCAGUAUACUCAGAAGGCCAAGAAUCGGUGGACAUAGAUUGGUGGGAAUGAGAACACAACCCCAGAAGCUAACGCGAAGAUGUGAAGUUACAGCCAUCCUUGUUCUCUAUGGUUUACCAAGGUUGCUGACAGGUGCUAUUCUUGCUCAUGAGUUGAUGCAUGGAUGGUUACGCCUUAAAGGCUAUCGAAAUCUUAGUCCUGAGGUUGAAGAAGGUAUCUGCCAGGUGCUUUCAUACAUGUGGCUCGAGUCAGAAGUGAUGCCUGGUUUCCGAAACAUGCCAUCCACAUCAACAGCUUCAACAUCAUCUUCGAAUUCAUCUUCAAAGAAAGGCAGGACAUCUGAGGUUGAGAAGAAGUUGGGUGAGUUCUUCCUGCACCAGAUUGCCAAUGAUGCUUCUCCAGCUUACGGGGGAGGUUUCAGAUCAGCCAAUGCAGCUGUGAAUAAAUAUGGUUUACGCCGUACUUUAGAUCAUAUACGCUUCACCGGAAGUUUUCCAAUAUGAAACAGCAUCAAGCUCCACAUUUUAGUCCUUUUACAAUCACACUUACACACACAUGAAUGAUAGUCAUUCUAUUCUCUGAUGGAAAAGAGAACAGGUUAUAGAGAGAAUCAAUUGGUGUGGCACCUACACCAAAUGUAUUUACCAUAUUACGCUCUUCACAUGUUCGUUGGACAACAAUUCUCCGAACAACCAGAUAAUUCUUCUCUAGUCUCAACUCUAAAUUAUUCAACAUCAGCAAACAUAGAGAUCUUAGACUUAGUUUUUAUGGGGUCUUUUUACAUGUCUGCAUUAUUACAUUUCAACAGUUACAUAAUAAUUUGUUAGCUGUGCACCUUCAGGAAUAUUACCAAAUACUUGUUCAGGAUCCGAACGUUUUUAUUUACUAUUAUUGUUAUCAAUUGGAUUAUAUUGAUAUUCAUUAUACAAUAAAGAAAUUUUGAACUAAA